AUGCCGUAUGCGGCCAAUGCUGCAGCAGCCAACUUCUUAGUCGCGAUCCUGAUUCGUCAAGAUUACAUUUUCAACAUGAUCUUUCGCGUUUGCCAACUGGUGCCACUGUCAGCACCACUACGAUUGCGCAGAGUCCUGGCUAAAGUUUACGAACAUGGUGGCAUGCAUUCUGGAUGCGCAAUGGCUGGGACUAUGUGGUUCAUCCUUCUAACCGUCCUCAUUGUCGUCAACUUUGAGACCGGCCGGAUCAUCCACACGCCUCUUGUACCGAUCUUUACCGUUCUGUUGCUCAUCAUAUUUCUUGUCAUGUGCGUAUUUGCACAUCCGGCUAUCCGUCACAAGUUCCACAAUUCUUUCGAGUUCACCCACAGAUUUGCUGGCUGGUGUUCAAUUGUCGUAUUCUGGGUCGACCUUGUUCUCAUCGCCGACACCGUUCGUGUCCAGAACAUUAACAGUCCCGAGCCGCUUGGCAUUGCUCUGGUCAAGCUUCCUGCUUUCUGGUUCCUCAUCAUCAUGAGUGUGCACAUCGUCUUGCCUUGGCUUCGUCUUCGCAAAGUCGCUUUCACUGCCGAGCGUUUGUCAGAGCAUGCCAUCCGUCUGCACCACAAAGAGCAUAUGGGUCCGUAUCGUGGCAUCGCGAUCGCUGAGUCACCUCUCGGCGAAUGGCACCCCUUUGCCUGUUUCCCCGACGGUGAUGGCGUGAACAACAGCAUUAUGAUCAGUCAUGCCGGAGACUGGACACGCAGAACCAUCGAUAACCCCAAGUCUCACUACUACGUCAAGGGCGUCCUCAAAACCAAUGUCUUGAGUAUGGCGUCCAUCUUCAACCGCGUCCUGCUCGUCACCACCGGCACAGGCAUUGGCCCUGCUCUUUCCUUCGUCGCCGAGCCCAGCCGCAAAGGUCAGUGCCAGGUCUUGUGGGUGUCAUCAUCACCUGAAAAGACCUUUGGCCAGCCUUUGAUUGACUGGGUGUACACUCUCAAUGGCAAUGCGAUCGUGUGGGACUCGAAGAAAGACGGUCGUCCUGACAUGGUUGCUCUGACGUUGAGGCUGUACAAGGAGAUGAACGCUGAAGCUGUCUUUGUUGUGAGCAAUCCCAAGUUGACCAAGAAAUUGGUUUAUGGAUGUGAGAGUCGGGGUGUUCCAGCAUACGGACCCAUCUUCGAUUCAUAG